AUGGCCUCAAUGGAAAAGGUGCUAGCGGCACACGAAGCCCGGCAAGCCACGCUUGAAGCAAGCAAUAACCCUUUUUCCAAGGGGAUUGCCUGGAUCGAAGGGGAUCUGGUUCCGCUCGGCGAGGCCAAAAUUCCCCUCCUUGACCAGGGCUUCCUUCAUAGCGACCUUACCUACGAUGUCCCAGCCGUAUGGGAUGGGCGAUUCUUCCGCCUCGAUGACCACGUCGACCGAAUGGAGGCGAGCUGCAGAAAGAUGCGGCUCCAGCUCCCUCUGCCCAAGAUACAAAUCAAACAGAUACUAACGGAGAUGGUGGCUAAAUCUGGAAUUCUCGACGCCUAUGUCGAGAUCAUCGUUACUCGCGGCCUUAAAUUCGUCCGCCAGCACGACCCCCAAGAUAUCGUCAACAAGCUCUACAUGUUUGUGCAGCCCUACGUUUGGGCCAUGCCGCCUGUUCUGCAACGCGUUGGUGGCAAGGCCAUAGUGGCAAGAACAGUCCGCCGUGUCCCUCCGGGCGCAAUCGAUCCCACAAUAAAGAACCUACAGUGGGGAGAUCUAAUCCGCGGCCUACAGGAAGCUCAGGAUCGAGAAUCCCAGUAUCCUUUGCUGACAGACGGGGACGCGAAUUUGACCGAAGGGCCCGGCUACAACAUCGUCAUCAUCAAAGAUGGGGCCUUGUUCACCCCCGACCGCGGUGUUCUAGAAGGUGUGACUCGUCGAACCGUCCUGGAAAUUGCGCAGAGGAAGGGCACCCCUGUUAAUGUGCAGGUUGUACCCGUGGAGAUGGCUUUUCAAGCAGACGAACUAUUUAUCUGUUCCACGGCCGGGGGUAUUAUGCCGAUUACAUCCAUUGAUGGUAUCGAUAUCAAUGGGGGUCAGAUUGGGCCUGUCACGAAGCAUAUCUGGGAUGAGUACUGGGCCUUGCAUUACGACCCUUCCCACAGCUUCACGAUCAAUUAUGGGAAUAGCUAGUUAGAAGACACUGCUUGGUCACUUCUCUUUCGUCAUUCAGGUCUAU